AUGGCAAUGCACCAAUUUGCUAAGGAAGAAGUAGAAGAGAUGAACAAAGAAGCUGAUCAUAAUAAAGUUGCGAGAGAGUCAGAGGAGAUAUUAAAAAGAAAUAAUAGUGGUCCAGAUUCUAGACGGCAGAUUGCAAUGGAAUCGAACCUAGUGGUGGGAGCGCUAGUGGCGACAGUAACCUUCACGGCAGGACUCACAGUGCCUGGUGGGUUUAUGAGCAACGGAUCAGAGGACCAAGGGCUGGCGGUUCUCACCAACAAAGCAGCUUUCCAGGCAUUUACAGUUUUCAACACUUUGGCAUUUGUCUGCUCAGUUUUUCCAGUGAUUCAUAUGUUCCACAACUCACUGCUCCUCCGUCACCACAUUCGACUGCGAUGCGUGAGGCUUGCAGAAGCUUGCACAACCUUUUCGAUUUUUGCAAUGGUGUUGGCAUUUUGCUCAGGCCGCAAGUUAGUUGAAUGA